AUGCCAUUAGAAAGAAUGCCAUUUGGACUUAUAUCUCAUAACUUGAAGUUCUUUAGUGUUGAUAAUGCUGGUACACUAAAGGCUCCAGAUGAUUACAAAGGCUGGAGGAUGGAGACAAUGUAUUCACGCUUUGGCCAAUCUUGGGCAGCACUUCAUCUUGGUCCCAUGUGGUCUUAUGAGGAGUCCUCUGUGGAAAAUCRUSCCAAGGARUCUGACUGCAAUCUGGUAACAAUGGCCUUGGAAGAAUCGGGCCUAUCAAGUGUAUGCUCAGCUUCACCUGAAACUAGCUUGCAUUCCUUACCAUUGACAACUUGCAAYAAUGGGAAAUCUGUCUUGGUGACCUCUACACCAGAACCUGUGCAGAYCACUUCCAGUAAUUCAAGCCAACCCUCGUCAGCUGAAGUAGUAGCAAGGCAUAGCUACUCACACUUGUGGGCAAAUCUUACAAAACAACAAAUUGAUGAAUUAAAGGAUGCUGAUGUUUCUACACGGGAAGUAGAAGAGCGCUUCAAUAUGAGGCCUACAAGACAGCAAAGGCUUUCAGUCCCUAAGUGUUCAACAAAGGCAAAAGUAAACAUUGCAGGACCAAGUGCUAUAACAAUUCGAAGGAGCAUUGCUAACCGUGGGUUUACUAAAACAACAGAUAUCCAGAGAAAGGCUCUGAAAAGUGCUCAUGAAAGCAACAAAAAGGGGAGGUGGUGGAUCAAAGCCGAUGCUACAGAUGUCAACAAAGGCCUGAGGGAAAGUAUGAAGAAUGUAUGGUCUGGAGAUAUUGACUUUGGUGAUGGAAGCUUGCAAAAAAAGCAUGGUGAAUACCUCAAGCAAUUGAAGUUUAUCAGAACGAUUGGUCUUAAAGAUCGCGGUGCCAUUGAAAAGAUCACUGAAGAUUUAAAGAAAUUGAAAACCACACUUGAUGAUGAUGAACUCUUCUUGAAUAAAGCUUUAGACGAAUCCAGAGCAUUGUAUAAUGCUCAAGUUGCAAAAUCCAAUGUUCCAGAGCAAUCACUGUUUGCACUUGCUUGGGAUUUGGCUGGCAUUGAGAAGUUGUUGCUGCAGAACAAGAAGCUUCAUGAAGUAGUGCAUAACACAUCUGAAAGGCUCGCAAGGCUCACUAAUGCUAGCAAAAGAGGAAAUCUGGCAAAGGAACUGCGACAACUGAGAGAGGAGUUGGAGACAUAUACCAAGGGCAGUUAUGGAAAGAAAAGAGAGGCAGCCUCACAUCUACUAGUUUUCAUGAUUUCAGAUGAGCUUAGAAACUUCAAGCCCUUUGCCAUUCCAGUCCGUGUUACUACGUACAAAUCCAUCACAGAUGAUCAAGUUCAGAAUUUAAAGAAUGAAUUGAAAGAUGUGAUGACAGGCAUAGGGAUGAAAGUCAUAGGAUUUGUUACAGAUGGAGAGUGGAACAAACUUCGUACUCAAGGAACCAAAAGAUCAAUUUCCAUUAUUCAGCUAAUGAUGGAUUCCAAAGCUGAUGCAAAACACACUUCAGUUAGAAUGAUUGAUCAAUAUCUAAGGCCAGUAACCAGAAACCCUGCAAGAGCAUUAAGAGAACAUGAUGCAGUUCCUGUGGAGGAUGUAGAAUGGUUGGCAGAAUUCAUGGAUGAUAAUAAUGUUCCAUUUGAGAGGGCAAUCCACAUAUUGAGACGAAAACACUAUCCUUUCCAGCAUAACCCCCAUCCUUGGAUUAACGGUAAAGAAGAGACGAAGAAUGAAUGUCUAAAGUCACUCAUGGCAAUGUACUUAUUCAAGUUCAAGAUCAAUGCACAUCUUGCAGAUGGAGUUGACUUCAAGAGGCAUCUAUAUGUGCCAGAAUAUGAUGAAGUAACGAAAGAACCAGAGUACCAAAGGGAAGACCAUAACCAUGUCCUCAAGAGAAUUACAGCUAGUUUGAGGGAAGGUGUCAUCCCGGGGGUUGAUUUGCGAUACUUUGUAGAUGCACUCAAUGACCCAUAUACAGGCCUAACAUACACAGCUCUGACAGGGCAGAGGAAGCAAUCUGUGCCAGAUUGUGAAAGAGUGUUUUCAAGAGGAGUCCUACAAUUUAUGUUUGAUAAUAAUCACCAAACAGAAGCUAUUUUUUUGGAAACCAUACGAAAUUGGCACAAAGCAAGUGAUGGGAGAGGUUUAGAUGAAGGUACUAGAAGCCGGUACAAUAAAGCAAUGCUCGAUUGGAUCCUUCAAGUUUGGAUGCCAUGGUUUAAAUAUGAAAGGGAUUAUAGCACAAUGGAUGUGAACAGGCCAAUCAAAGGAAUUCAAGGAUUAACGAGAGAGGUUGUCGUUGCUUUAGUAGCAAAUAUUGAAAGCCAGGAACACAGACGCAUAGAUGGAGACUUACGUGCACUACCUCCAGAACACCCCAGAGCUAGUUCCACUGAUGAUGUGGAAGGCUUUUUUUCAAUUGUACAUGGUAUGUUGGGACAGUCAUUUGACCUUAAAACUUUCUUUGAUCAAUAUCCCAAGAUCAUCAAUGAAUUCUACAAACGCAUUGAUCCAAAUACACCUUUCUACUAUUGGGCAUCAAAAAAUGAAAGAUACCAUCUUGGUCCCCUGAGACCAUUCAAUGCACCGUCUGGAGGUACGGAGCGCCUUGACAAGGUCGUCAUAUCAAGAAGAGCAGAUCCUGGGGUAUUUGAAGCAAACCGUGCCUCAAUACCUCAGAGGGGACGGUUGUCUGUUAGAGCAGAGUGGCACAGAGCUCCAGAGGGUUUGCCCCCCCCCCCAGAGACCACAGAAUUUGUAGUUCUUAUACUGUAGUUCAUUAUUUGUAUCAUUGUAUUAACCACUUCUGGGUACUGUUCAUAGUACAUCAAUUUUAAAAUGAGUGGGAAACCAUACCAUAGCUUUGAAUAUA